AUUUUAGAAAUCCCAAAGUUUAGACAGUCAUCAAGCUAGUUCCGACUUGGUUCCAGCAUUAAAAUUCCGAGCCUCAACUCACCAAACCAAUCUGGAGAACCACUACAUUUCCGGAUCUACCUCAUUUUUGUCUUCCAUUGGAAAUGCAAAAACUCUCUUAAGCUUUUGACACAUAAAGAGAUAGAAUUCUGACUGUACCCACUGAAUAAGAAGGUUAAAUGGCAGUUCCAAUAGAAGAAGCCAUUGCUGCCCUCUCCACAUUCUCUCUGGAGGAUGAGCAACCAGAGGUGCAAGGACCAGCAGUUCUGGUGUCAAGUGAGAGGGGAGCAACCAGUAGUCCAGUUGAGUACAGUGAUGUUUCUGCAUAUCGCUUAUCUUUAUCUGAAGACACAAAGGCACUGAAUCAGCUGAAUGCACUUAUCCAAGAGGGGAAGGGCAUGGCAUCGGUGCUUUAUACAUAUCGCAGUUGCGUCAAAGCACUGCCUCAGCUACCUGAUUCUAUGAAACACAGUCAGGCUGACUUGUAUCUUGAAACAUAUCAAGUUUUGGACUUGGAGAUGAGUCGUCUGCGUGAAAUUCAGCGAUGGCAAGCAUCUGCUGCAUCUAAACUAGCAGCUGAUAUGCAACGUUUUUCUAGGCCAGAACGACGCAUUAAUGGGCCUACAAUUACUCAUUUAUGGUCCAUGUUGAAGUUACUUGAUGUUUUAGUGCAACUCGAUCAUCUUAAAAAUGCUAAAGCAAGUAUACCUAAUGACUUCUCUUGGUAUAAGAGGACAUUCACGCAAGUCAGUGUUCAGUGGCAAGACAUUGAUUCCAUGAGGGAGGAGUUAGAUGAUUUACAGAUUUUCUUGAGCACGAGGUGGGCUAUCUUGUUGAACUUGCAUGCUGAGAUGUUUCGUGUGAACAAUGUAGAAGACAUUCUGCAGGUUCUCAUAGUAUUUGCUGUAGAGUCGUUGGAGUUAGAUUUUGCUCUUCUAUUUCCAGAGAGACACAUUCUUCUGCGUGUUUUGCCUGUUCUUGUUGUCCUAGCAACAUCAUCAGAGAAAGACAGCGAGUCACUUUACAAGAGGGUGAAAAUCAACAGGCUGAUCAAUAUUUUUAAGAAUGAUCCAGUGAUUCCUGCUUUUCCUGAUCUGCAUCUUUCUCCAGCAGCAAUUUUGAAAGAAUUGUCAAUGUACUUUCAGAAGUUUUCCUCACAGACUCGCCUCCUCACCCUUCCAGCACCUCAUGAACUUCCACCCCGGGAGGCACAAGACUAUCAGAGACAUUAUCUAAUUAUCAAUCACAUAGGAGCUAUUCGUGCUGAGCAUGAUGAUUUUGCAAUUCGUUUUGCGUCGGCCAUGAAUCAGUUGUUGUUGUUGAAGUCGACAGAUGGUGCUGAUAUCGAGUGGUGCAAAGAAACCAAGGGAAACAUGUAUGAUAUGGUUGUUGAAGGAUUCCAGCUAUUAAGCAGGUGGACAGCACGCAUUUGGGAACAAUGUGCAUGGAAAUUUUCUCGUCCAUGUAAAGAUGCAAUUCCUUCUGAAUCAAAUGGAAAUUCUGCAACCAUUUCUGACUAUGAAAAGGUCGUAAGAUAUAAUUACACGGCUGAGGAAAGGAAAGCACUCGUUGAACUCAUUAGCUGCAUAAAGAAUGUUGGAUCCAUGAUGCAUCGUUGUGAGACAUUGGUAGUUGACGCCUUAUGGGAAACUGUACAUGCUGAGGUUCAAGAUUUUGUCCAAAACACAUUAGCCACUAUGUUGCGAACUACCUUCCGAAAGAAGAAGGAUCUUUCAAGGAUUCUUUCUGAUAUGCGGACUCUUUCAGCAGACUGGAUGGCAAAUACAAACAAGCCUGAAACCGACUUACAAUCACAAGGAGGUGAAAAUAGUAAAGGAAGCUUCUUUUAUCCUAGAGCUGUCCCACCAACAACUGCACAGGUCCACUGUUUGCAGUUCCUGAUCUAUGAAGUAGUAUCUGGUGGUAAUCUUCGGAAGCCCGGUGGCCUGUUUGGCAAUAGCGGGUCUGAGAUUCCCGUGAAUGAUUUAAAGCAGUUGGAGACCUUCUUUUACAAGCUUACUUUCUUCCUUCAUAUAUUGGAUUACUCAGUGACCAUUGGAACUUUGACAGAUCUUGGUUUCCUGUGGUUUAGAGAAUUUUAUUUGGAGUCUUCUCGCGUUAUUCAGGUACAGAAAUGUGCUAGCGUUAUUCUGCUAUAACUACUACAUAGAAAUGCAAUUUCCUUUUAUAACUAUUUUGGUUAUGAUACUCUAGAGAGCUAGCCUAACUUAGUAGAUUAGUUUUGUGUGCUAUUUCAGGACUGCCAGAUACUUCAUAUUCAUUUAUGUUUUGUUCUAUAAUAAUUGAAAACCUUUUGCAACUAUGACAAAAUGGAAAUGUAAAUUCUUAGUUCAACUAUUAUACACAUGAUGUAGAACUCAGGGGGCUCUUCAACGAGUAAACCUAAAUGCAAAUCACAUAUUCAGUAUUUUCUGAAGAGCAUUGGUAUUUCCAGAAUCUUUUAAAACUUCUCUUAAAUUAAGAUAGAGAGUUUAGUGGCAGGAAAGAUGCUACAAGUCUGUGGAAUUUUUAUUUUAUUUUGCUUUAUUAUGGAGUCUUUGAAUGGAAAGGAAGUAAGUCACUUAAUUUGUUGUGGGUCAAGGUGGUUGUGAAAGUGUUUGAGGAUUUGGAAUUCUUGAUGAUUUGUAUUGAUGUAUAAGGCCCUUUAAAUAGGGAGAAUACAAACAGAAUAUGGAAAGGAA